AUGGAAUCCUGUUCUAUAGGGUCUGGCCAAUUUGCCGCACUACUCAAAGCUCUUGGCAAGACUUUGAAGGUGGUAAAGCUGACUGACGUUGCUUUCUGGGGUGACCAAUGUAACCUCAGAAACAUGGAAUCCAUAUUGCACUGUCUGAGAUAUGAGCUCCAGUUGACCACCUUGGUUCUAGACGACGUGCGAGCCAUGAACAAGGAUUACAGCGGAGACUCAGGAAUACUUCUCGCCAAGGGAAGGUUCUGGCAUGGGCAAAAACAGAUCUGCGAGGGACUCGAUGUUCUCGCUGGCUUCGGCGGCGAAGGUUGGGACUUCGACUACGAAGAUUCGUUUGAGGAUCGUGUCAAGGAUCGUGAGAUUGAAGUUGGGAUCAUGGAUUACUCGCAGUACGAGUCCCACAUGAGCCACGAAGAAUAUCUAGCCUACAAGGCUCAGGAAGAAGAAAGAUUGGAGGAUCACAAAAAGGAGUAUGCUGAGCACAAAGUGAACAGAGCAAGGGCCAAGGAGGCAAUGGCCAGGGUUGAGGCCGGAGAGUUUGACUCUUGA